AUGGUCCACACAGGAGCAGUCAUGUCUGGUCUGAUAAACUUCGAGUCUCUGGAGAAGGAGCUGCGUGGAGCCGUUCAGUCGGAGGAAAGAUACCAGAGAGAGAACACCGCCAAACUGAGAGCUGUGGAGCAGAGGGUGGGCUCCUACGAGGACUUCAGGUCCCUGGUCCUGGCCUCUCACCUGAAGCCGCUGCAUCGACACGAGCUGCAGGGGGCGCCACGGAGGCAGCCCUGGAACCCCAUCGCUGCGGGCACCGGGACCCGGGACGUGGAGACCAGAGAGACCUCUUCAUACAGUCAGGACCAGACCGACUCAGACCAGACACAGAACAAAGUGGGACUAAACCAGGACUAA